UCCGUGCUGGUACGGUAGACGCGUGAAUGUUGAGACCUUGGUUUCUGUUGUGUCCGUGCGUAUCUUCUUUUGACCUCCGUCCCUGCAAUCAGAAAUUUGGACUUGAAACUCCUCAUUUGAAGAUAUACACACACACACAUAUAUAUAGUAAGUGAGUUGCCUUGGUGAUGAAAAAUCUCUGUGUGAAGGUGCAUCAAUUGUCAAAAUCUAGCAGAUAUAUCAGCCUAAUACAGAGAUGGCUUAUGACCCAAAGCAGGAUUCCUGUACAAUAUGCUUCAUUUUCAGAAGUUCAGCAGCUCCCUGAAAAACAGUUUAGUGCCAUAACUUUUCCUCUCCAAGAUCUGGCAAGAUUCUUGUCUCCUAAUGUGGACACAUCAUCCUUCUACAUUUUCCGACCUAACAAGAAUGACGUCCAGAGAGCAGAGAUAUUUUUCAUUCCGUCACAUCAACAUAUUAUUGAUUAUUCCACUUCUGCUGUCCGGAUGGAUCAUGCCCCACAAAUGUCUGAACCUGAGGUUUGCUUUUUAGGAAGAAGCAAUGUUGGGAAAUCAUCUUUAAUAAAAGCAUUGUUUUCAUUGGCACCUGAUGUUGAAGUCAGAAUUUCCAAACAUCCCGGCCACACAAAGAAAAUGAAUUUUUUCAAAGUGGGAAAACUCUUCACUUUGGUGGAUAUGCCAGGCUACGGGUUUAAUGCACCCAAAGAUUUUGCAGAGAUGGUGGAGCCUUAUUUAACUCAACGCACAAAUUUGAAGCGUACAUUCUUAUUAGUAGAUGCUAAAGAAGGAAUUCAGGAAAUGGACAACAUUGCUCUAGAAAUGUUAGAAGAAUUUGGGAUUCCUUAUGUUCUUGUAUUAACCAAAAUUGACAAAGCAUCAAAAUCAGCGAUGGCAAAAACGGUUAUACAGAUUCAGGACUUCGUACAGAAAAAUGCUCACACAUGUUUUCCUCAACUUUUUCCUAUCAGUUCUUUGAAUUAUACUGGAAUCCAUGUAUUAAGAUGUUUCAUAGCUCAUGUUACUGGAAAUCUUCCAUUAUCCACUGAAUAAAGCAUUAUACUUGGAAGCA